AUGAUAAGCAAAUUGUUUGUAAGUAAUUUUCCAGAAAGCUACUCCGAAGAGAGCAUGAGCCUAAUUUUUAAUCCUUUUGGGGAGAUCAAGUCGAUUAAGAUCCUGAGAGAGCCCAGAUUGUUUUCAAUUAUCGAAUUCCAAGAGCCUCUGGAUGCAAAGGCUGCGAUGGAUUCCCUGGGCGGGAGGAGGGUGUAUGGACACAAUGAGCCAUUGCACAUCGAGAUGGCCUUCGACAGAAAGAAGAGGGUUGCUGUUUCUGGAAUCCCCUCGGACUCAUCGAAAGAAGAAGUUCUAAAGUUCUUUCAAUAUUAUGGGUCCGUAGAAAACAUUACACAUGGAGACGACAUGCAAACGAUUUUUAUUGAUUUUUCGUCCCAACAGGAUGCCGAGAGCUUUCUUGAGCUCGACCAAAAGAUAAGCUUUGGAAAAGAAAAAUGCAGGCUCUCUAUUAAGCCUUUUACUAAGAGGGAGCGAAAGGACAGCGUCCUCAGCCCAGAAAGAAGCGUUUUCAUAUACAACCUGUCCCCAAGAACAACCAGAACGGAUCUUGCAGAUCUAUUUGUGAAGUUUGGGGAGAUACGAUCCUUGGGCAUACUAAGCGGAGGAAAGGCAUUUGUUAACUAUGACAAAGAGCUGUCUGCCCUAAAGGCAAUCCGGCACAUGGAUGGAAAAAGUGUCGGUGGCAAAAAAAUCAGAAUAGCUCUUAAGUCCAUGAAGAAGGGACUGCACAGGCAUGUCUAG